ACCCCGCUGAUGCUGCUGCCCCGCGCGGGGCCCGAGCGCCGCUAGCAGCAUGUCUCGGCGCAAACAGGCCAAGCCCCAACACCUCAAGUCGGACGAGGAGCUACCGCCGCCGGACGGGGCUCCUGAGCACGGUGCCCCUGGGGACGGUGCUGAGGACCGAGACAGCAGCAGCGACAGCAGGAGCGGCAGCGAGGAGACCAGCGUGUGCGAGAAGUGCUGCGCCGAGUUCUUCAAGUGGACGGACUUCCUGCAACACAAGAAGACCUGUACCAAGAACCCGCUGGUGCUGAUCGUGCACGACGAUGAGCCGGCCCCGCCCACCGAGGACUUUCCAGAACCUUCUCCCGCCAGCUCUCCCAGUGAGCGCACCGAGAGCGAGGCCGCGGAGGAGGCAGCCGCCGCGGUGGCACCGGGGGAGGGAGGCUGCGGUGGUGAGGUGAAGGCUGCUGCCAAGGAGGCCGAGCCCAUGGACGUGGAGGAACCAGCAGACAAGGGCCCAGCAGGCCCGGGAGGUCCUCCACCACCACCACCACCACUACCACCACCCACGCUGCCCCCUGCACCUGAGCCUGCCACCUUCGGCAUGCCCAGCACCAACGUGACGCUGGAGACGCUGCUCAGCACCAAGGUGGCCGUGGCGCAGUUCUCGCAGGGCGCACGCGCGGGGGCCGCGCCAGGCACUGGCAGCGCCGUGGGCACCGUGGCCAUCCCCAUGAUCCUGGAGCAACUGGUGGCGCUGCAGCAGCAGCAGAUCCACCAGCUGCAGCUCAUCGAGCAGAUCCGCAGCCAGGUGGCGCUGAUGAGCCGCCAGCCCACGGGGGCCCCAUUGAAACCCACAGGGGGCGCCACGGGGCCGGCCCCGGGUCAGCUGCAAGGCCUCGCCCCGCACCCUACGGCCAUCCAACUUUCAGCAGGUGGGCCUGCUGCCGUCCCUGCAGGCUCUGGCUCUGUCCCAGCCACGGCUUUUGAUGGCCCCCCGCAGCUGUCACAACAGCCCACGUCGGGCACGAGCACCCCAGGUGGCACUAGCUCUGGCUCUACUGAGUCGGGGGCACCCCCAGUUUGCAGCACCGGCCCAGCUCCUGGGGCUGUGGCUGCUGCAUCCAGCACAGGGGGCAAUGCGUCACAGCCGCAGAAUGCAUCCACACCCCCUACCCUGGGCCCUGGGCCCCUCCUCAGUUCGGCCUCCCUGCCAAACCCUCUGCUACCUCAGACCUCCUCGAGCAGUGUCAUCUUCCCCAACCCACUGGUCAGCAUCGCAGCCACAGCCAAUGCCCUGGACCCCCUGUCUGCCCUUAUGAAGCACCGCAAGGGCAAACCCCCCAACGUGUCUGUGUUUGAACCCAAGGCCAGCGCCGAGGACCCCUUCUUCAAGCACAAAUGCAGGUUCUGUGCAAAGGUCUUUGGCAGUGACAGCGCGCUGCAGAUCCACCUGCGUUCCCACACCGGCGAGCGGCCCUUCAAGUGUAACAUCUGUGGGAACCGCUUCUCCACCAAGGGCAACCUGAAGGUCCACUUCCAGAGGCACAAGGAAAAGUACCCCCACAUCCAGAUGAACCCUUACCCAGUCCCAGAGUACCUUGACAAUGUGCCCACCUGCUCGGGCAUUCCCUAUGGUAUGUCCCUGCCCCCAGAGAAGCCAGUGACCACAUGGUUGGACAGCAAGCCGGUGCUUCCCACGGUGUCCACAUCUGUGGGACUACAGCUCCCCUCCACCAUCCCGAGCACCCACAGCUACACGGACUCCCCCAGUGUCACUCCCGGCAGCCGCUCCCCACAGAGGCCCUCUCCAGCAUCCAGUGAAUGUACCUCUCUGUCCCCAGGCCUCAACAACGCCGAGUCCAGCAUUGCCGCGCGGGCGGAGUCCCCACAGCCGCUCCUCAGUGGGUCUUCUCUGACUAAAACCGAACCGGUCAGCCUGCCUUGUACGAGUGCUCGGACAGGGGAUGCCCCUGUCGCGGGUGGACAGGCGGGUGGAUUGCCCGCGUCGGCGGCCACGGCCAUCACCGACAGCGCUUGCACGAGCCUCGGCAGCCCGGGUCUUCCAGCCGUCUCUGACCAGUUCAAGGCCCAGUUCCCCUUUGGCGGUCUGCUUGACUCUAUGCAAACAUCAGAGACCUCGAAACUGCAACAGCUCGUGGAGAACAUCGACAAGAAGAUGACGGAUCCAAACCAGUGUGUCAUCUGCCACCGUGUGCUGAGCUGUCAGAGCGCCCUAAAGAUGCAUUACAGGACGCACACAGGAGAACGGCCCUUCAAGUGCAAGAUCUGUGGCCGUGCCUUCACCACCAAAGGCAACCUAAAGACCCACUUUGGAGUGCACCGGGCAAAGCCUCCCCUGCGUGUGCAGCACUCCUGCCCCAUAUGUCAGAAGAAGUUCACGAAUGCAGUGGUGCUGCAGCAGCAUAUACGCAUGCACAUGGGGGGCCAGAUCCCAAACACGCCACUGCCUGAGGGCCUCCAGGACGCCAUGGAUGCCGAGCUGCCCUUCGACGAGAAGAACGUGGAGACCCUCAGCAGCUUCGACGACGACAUCGACGAGAACUCCAUGGAGGAGGACUCGGAGCCGAAGGACACGGCCAGCGACUCGUCCAAACCCCUCCUGUCUUACUCGGGCUCCUGCCCUCCCUCUCCGCCGUCGGUCAUCUCCAGCAUCGCUGCUCUCGAGAACCAGAUGAAAAUGAUCGACUCGGUCAUGAACUGCCAGCAGCUGACCAGCUUGAAGUCCGUGGAAAAUGGAUCCGGGGAAAGCGACCACUUGAGCAACGACUCCUCGUCCGCAGUGGGUGACCUGGAGAGCCGCAGCGCGGGCAGCCCGGCCCUGUCUGAGUCCUCAUCCUCCCAGGCCCUGUCACCGGCCCACAGCAAUGGCGAGAGCUUCCGCUCCAAGUCCCCAGGCCCCGGGCACCAGGAGGAUCCGCAGGAGAUCCCGCUGAAGACCGAAAGGCCAGACAGCCCGCCCCCUGGCCCUGGAAACGGAGGUGCCCUGGACCUGACGGCGGGCCACCCAGGGCGGCCGCUCGUCAAGGAGGAGGCCCCCUUCAGCCUGCUGUUCCUGAGCCGAGAGCGGGGUAAGUGUGCAAGCACUGUGUGUGGUGUCUGUGGCAAGCCCUUUGCUUGCAAGAGUGCGUUGGAAAUCCACCUCCGCAGCCAUACCAAGGAGCGGCCCUUUGUCUGCACGGUCUGCAGGCGGGGGUGCUCCACUAUGGGUAACUUAAAGCAGCACUUACUGACACACAGAUUGAAAGAGCUGCCUUCUCAGGUGUUUGACUCCAACUUUGCUCUAGGUCCCAGCCACAGCACGCCUAGCCUGGCCUCCAGCCCCGUGCCCACCAUGAUCAAAAUGGAAGUGAACGGCCACAGCAAGGCCAUCGCACUGGGCGAGGGCCCUCCCCUGCCUGCUGGCGUCCAGGUCCCCACCGGGCCCCAGACAGUGAUGAGCCCAGGCCUGGCACCCAUGCUGGCACCCCCGCCACGCCGGACACCCAAGCAGCACAACUGCCAGUCAUGUGGGAAGACCUUCUCCUCAGCCAGCGCCCUGCAGAUCCACGAGCGCACCCACACCGGGGAGAAGCCCUUUGGCUGUACCAUCUGUGGCAGGGCCUUCACCACCAAGGGCAACCUAAAGGUGCACAUGGGCACACACAUGUGGAAUAACGCACCGGCUAGGCGCGGCCGUCGCCUGUCUGUGGAAAACCCCAUGGCCUUGCUCGGCGGUGAUGCCCUGAAAUUCUCUGAGAUGUUCCAGAAGGACCUGGCAGCUCGGGCCAUGAAUGUCGACCCCAGCUUUUGGAACCAGUAUGCGGCAGCCAUCACCAAUGGGCUCGCCAUGAAGAACAACGAGAUUUCUGUCAUCCAGAACGGAGGCAUCCCUCAGCUCCCAGUAAGUCUAGGCGGAGGCACCAUCCCACCUUUGGGUGCUAUGACCGGUGGGGUAGACAAAGCACGCACUGGCAGUAGCCCGCCCAUUGUCAGCCUGGACAAGGCCAGUUCAGAGACUGGAGCCAGCCGUCCAUUCACAAGGUUCAUUGAGGAUAACAAGGAGAUUGGGAUAAACUAGCCGGAGGCACUGAGACUCCGUCCACCUGCUCGGUCCCAAGUCCACACGUUGCAGCUUGAGCAUCAAGCUUCGGACCUCCAUGCCUAGGUUCUCACGAAUAGCUUACUCGUGGCAGAAUGCCCUUGAGCACCGUGUGGCUGCCGACAGGUAGCCUGGUGAGCGCUGCAUGGUACAUCCUUCAGCGGGGGGUUUGCUCCUAAGAACUCUGCAACCUCGUAAAUGAAUUCCCGUCAGAAACAGAAGUGCUUGGAAAACCGCCUUAGGAACAGAAAGAGCUCAGACCCUAUCUAUUUCUUCUCUCUAACCCCCACCCCCACCCCAGUUGGGACAGUGGGGUCCCCUGUGGAAAUCUGAUGAGCCCCAUUCAAUGGUUUUGUUCAAAUAAAGUAGACACUUGAACUGUUUUGGGGACUCUUCGUCUUGAAGAAGUGGUUCAGUGCCCCCAACACCGUGUGUUACAACAGUACCUUUGUCUGUAGUUAUUUAUAACGUUAAGAUUAUGCGGGUAACAGACAAUAAAAUAGCCCCAACCUUAAUUGAAGCUUUUGUACUGCAGAAUACAUCUGGCUGUGUGAUUUUUUUUUAAAAAAGCAAGAUUUGUUUUACUAUAAAUAAGUGGGUUAUUUCAAUGCAGGCAAAAUUGUGACGUUCUACUGGGAAAGAUAGCAUGCGUUUUUGUGUGCAAGUAUCCGUCAGUAACAGCGCCCCUCCCCUUUCUUUUUUUAAUUUAAAUGUUCGUAGCUGCUAUGUGAACAGUUGUUCUCUAGUGUGGUCUGUGGCCCAGAGGUUGAUUGGGGAACAAGUUACAGGCAAACAUCACCAUAAAUAAUUCACAGCAUUAUAAGCAGUUGUGAGUAAAUAUUUCACGUUAUCAAAGUUGUACAAUAAAAAAGGUAAUGUUUGUAUAAAGUGGUUGAAGAUCUUAAUUUAUACAAUUGCACUUUUAGUAUUUUGUAUUAGGGAGGUUUGUCUAUAAUUUGAGAAUUUAAAAAGAUGUAAAGUAUUUUAUAAAUAGUACUUCGGUUUAAAGAAAAUGGAAGAAAAAAAAAAACCUGUCACGGUUUUAUUGUUUUGUCUAAAGAUCGAUAGACAUGAGAAGUCUAUGCUGCUUGCAGAAAAGCUACCAAGACUUGUCAGCACCUCAAUAAAAUAAGGCCUGCCGUUUCUUAAAUUAACAUGAUUUAUUUAACUUUUCUACAAAGCCCGUUUAAAAACUGUGAGCACCCUAGAGAAACUUUGACAAAUUAACAUUAGGACUGUGACAUUCAUACAAACCAGAAAACAACCGAGAGAACGUUGUAUAGGUAUGAUUUUUACUGUAAGCUCUCCUUGUCUCUUUCUCUCUCUCACACACAAACGAGAUGUGACUGCUUCAUAGCCAUGGCCAUAGCGUAUAAUAAACAAGAGAGAAAUAGCAAGUGUCUGGGCAGUCUAAUCGGUCAUAACUUUGACGUUUUUCUGAGUUCAUGAUUUAUUGUCUUUGGAAACACAGCACAGUGUCCUGAUUACUCAAAAUACAGUCUUUUGCUGGUGACUGUCUAAAUCAAAUCCCAUGAGGCCUAGAGCCGGGAUGCUGGGAGAUGGGGCUGAAUCAAAACUUGAACGCCAGUGUUGUGUGUACUACCUCAUUUUUGUGGAUUGCGAGCAUGCUGGGAUCUGACAUGAUAAACUUCCAACAACAAAAUCACUCAAGAUACCGUAGGUAGCUGGGUACUGUGCAAGGAGCUGUUUGCCCUUGAAGGCCAAAUCCAACAGUGGAUCUCCUCAGAGGAAUCAGAAACAGAGCAGUUCCCUCACGCAAGUACCACAACAGCAAAAGGUCCGGCGGCGGAAUGUGCUGCCCUGGGCCUGGGGGCUGAGCAGAGCUUCCAGGCACCCAUUAGCCGUUUGUGUCUAUGGAAAUGAACAUUGAAACUCAACUGUGUGCUGAGGUGUGGUACCCCGCAGGUCAUGCCAUCUCUUAGGGAUGCCACGAGGUGCUUCAGCACUGGGGAGAGGAAAGCAAGGUGGCUUAAUGUCUCUGCGCUUCAGCAGUUUAAUGUUUUAUUUAUCUGUGUCUUUUUGCCGUGUUCACUUUUCUUUUUCCUUCUCUUGGUUGGUACUUGGUACCACGGUAGUGUCCAUUCUUCUCCCAAAAAAGGAUGUGUAUAUAACUUAAAAGAAAAAAAAAAUGUAAAGUGGUAUAAAUAAGAAGGUUCAUGAAGGUUCAGUGAGACUGCCCCCCUAUUCUGUGUUCAGGGCUGGCUGUCCCUCAACGUGGUGAAGAGAGACACUAUUUUUAUACUGCAAUGCCACAUGGGGCAAGGGCCUCCCAGAACCAGCCAGGGCUGGUACCUAGAUCCAAUAUAUUUUAUGAUUAAAUCUUGUGGCUUGACACAUCUCCUGACUGAAAUGGAUGUCUUAGUCUAGGUUACUAUUUUUGUCAUAUGGAACCGAAUAAAAUGCCAGAUGUAACAUUAUUUCUGAAUUGUGUUCCUUGAUUCUUCUCAUGGAAAAGUGAAAUUUGUGGCGAUGGUCCUUGCUAGUGGAUGUACGCCUAUGGUGUUUCUGUGAGGAAAGUCAACAAGGGUUGGUAGCAUAAAUUUAAGCAGUAUCUGAGAGUCCUUGAAUUAAGUCUUUUUUUUUCUUUUUUGCUUUUUCCCUAAAAUAAAAAUGCAUAUGUUAAAAAAAAAAACAACAACUUUGUUACAUAUACCACUGGAGAAGAAGCAGUAGAAAAUUUCUGUUAGGUUCAGCAUUAUCCAGAGAUGACUGUGUCAGGAUUGUCUUUCCUCCACUGACAUUGAGUGAAAAUACCGGCUUUUCAGGUCACUUGAACAAAUAGAUGACUGUCAUGACACACUAGGAAGAAUGUUCUCAACAACACACACAGCCGUCAUGAGCUCACUCACACUGGCCUCUGUUCACUCCCAAUUGGAGAUAUCAUUUAUUUUAAAAUAAAGUGCUAAGAUAUAACUUUAAAUAAUUUAAGAGCUCUUGGGUUUUUUUUUUGUUGUUGUUGUAAUAUGUUCCAUUAUUCUUUUAUUUAAAAAAAAUUAACUACUGAUACCCAGGAGACACAGUGAGUUUUAUGUGGACCAUGCUGGGCGAUUUUGCUUGUUUGUUUGUUUAGAACAGGAAUUGUGCUAACCACUAAGCUAGCUGGCCAGGACAUCACACUCCAUAGGUUCCUGGAAUUAACCCAUUGCUAAUUUCACAGCUAGAGUAGGAAUAUCAAACUGACACUGAGAUAAAUUCAGAUUUUUAAAAUAAGGUCACAGCAAAGGUUUGACAAGCCACUUAAGAACAAUUGCUAUAAAUUAAGAUUCAGAAGAAAAGUGACUCAACUCUUCUAUUUCCAAAACUAUUUUUAGAUGAAAGAGAUUAAGUAUCUGAGCUCAGCAAACCUGAAUUUCUAUGUGCUUCGGAGACCAGCUCCAGGCAUUUAACUCAGUGUCAGAGUCAUAAAUGACAACAAUCCCUAAAAAUUAUUUAACUGCAUUUCUAUUCUAAGUUCAUUACAGGAACGGUUAACAUUUAAAACUAAUUAAAAGCAGUGCUAAAGGGCUGAACAACAAUCAUCCACAAACUCGGCCUUUAAUCACUCUCGUGGCCGUGCAGAGGCCCACCUGCUUUUCCCCUGGGUGUGUAGCAGACAGUGUCUCCCCGCUGCAGCCUGAGCAAGAGGCACUCCUCUAUACCCGGGCAGUGCCCGCCUUCCCCACCCUUCCCAGCUCCUAAUCACUGUGUGGAGCUCCACUGUGUGUCCCCGGCUGCAAGAUUCUGAGCCCCUCAUUUCUUCCUCCCAGCCCUCACUUUCAAGCCUCGCGGUAGAGCAGUGACAUUGCACGCAUGCGGCUGUUUGUCCAGCCGUUUGUCCCCACCACACACACGGACCUGCAAGCCCUUUGCUUAUCAGUGUCUAGCAGUGGGGAGCAAGCAGUUUUUUAUUCUGCGAAAGCUGCAUGCAAGGAGAGGGUGAGAUGCACAUUUAUGCUUGACGAUUGUGGACAAUGUUAACAUUGGACCUACAAAAAAAAAAAAUGCUUCCCACACUAGAGGGAAGGUUAUGUUUUCCUUUAAUAUUGGCAUUAAUUCUGUGUGUACUUUACAAAGGGGUGGCCUUGAAAUGUAGUCACCAUUCAGGCUUUCUCAGCACUUUGGUAAUGAGUCAGAGGCAAGGGUGUGACCUGAUCCUGAGUUGUACAUGGCAUGUUCUGGAAUGGAAUCCUGACACAUGCUGGAGUGGACAGUGGGUCCUGUCAGAGCUACAGCCUAGAGCCUACUCGGACCCUCCACACACACUUCUAAAAUCCCAUGAUUUUAAAAGAAUUGCAUUAAUGUGCACCUUCCCCAGUCACAAGUCACUAGACAGUGAUUGAUGAUAUUUAUACAGAGAGAUAUGAACAAUUGCCUAAAGAUAUUAUUCCAUAAUAUUUAAAAAAAAUCUAUUACAAAAUCAUGAAGAAGAAACAGGAAUCGGUUUUGGACCAUGAAAAUGUUUGUAUCUUUGACUUUUAAAAAAAAUUAAACUUACUGAUGCUUUUAAAAAUACAGCAAUACCUAAGGUAAAAUAAAAUUGAGUUCUUUCAACAUUA